AUGAGUUAACAAAUCAUACAGUCAGAAUAAAAAGAAACUGAAGUUUUUAGCAAGAAUGCCAAUGAAGAAAGCGACCAUUCUUCUCAAACAUAUGAGCUCUGUGGCAAACGUUACAAUUCUAAUCAUACCGAAAGCGAGAGCUACCAUGCUUACGGUGAAGUAAUACAAAAAAAGAGAAAAACUGACUCACCUAAGCAAAUUAAAUUUGAAAAGAAUAUAGUGAUUGAUGAAAUAGAAAACUUAACUCAAAAAUAUGAAAAAUUAGAAGUUAUUGGAGAGGGAGGAUUUGGUGUAGUCUACAAAGUGCUUGAUAGAGAAACAAAACUCAUUAAAGCUAUGAAAAGGCUGAAGAAAAAUAGUAAACUGAUACAAACCGAUAAUGAGUUGGAAUUGUUGAAAAGACUUGAUCAUCCUAAUAUUAUUCGCAUUUUUGAUUUUUAUCAAGACGAAGAAGAUUUUUAUAUUAUUACUGAGUACAUCGAAGGAGGCUGUCUAUUUGAUGAAAUUCAAAAAUUAAGCAAGCUGAAGUAAUAAUUUAAUGAAUAUCACGCAUGCCAAAUCAUGCAGUAAAUUUUAAUGGCUGUCAACUACGCGCAUUCAAUUAAUAUUGUGCACAGAGAUCUCAAGGCAGAGAAUGUACUAAUUCAAUAUAAUGAAUAAGAGAGCAGGUACCAUGUAAAAGUUAUUGAUUGGGGAUUAAGUGUUUUGGUAGAGCAUAACUAAAAGCUACAUAUCGAUUGUGGUACAAGUUAUUUUAAAGCACCUGAAGUCAUUAAUAGGUGUUACGAUGAAAAAUGUGAUUUGUGGUCAUGCGGUGCUUUAAUGUAUGAACUCCUAUCAGGAUGUCCCCCAUUUGAUGCAGAGACUGAUGAUGAAAUCGAAGAGAAGAUAUUAUAAGGAGGAUAUAGUCUUCCAACAGAAUACUUUGGUGGAGUUUCUGUUGAAGCUAUUGAUCUUUUAAAAAAACUUUUAACUUAUAUUCCUAGCUUUAGAAUUUCUGCAAAAUAAGCACUUGAGCAUAGCUGGUUUAAGAAGGUCAAUAACAAAGAUUUAUCAUAAAGGAGUUUGAUGAAAGGCUUAAAUAGAAUGAGAUAGUUCAAAGCAGAUAAAUUUAUGCUUAAAUACAUCAUGACAUUCUUUGCCAUUCAUACCAUGAGUCCAGAAGAAAAUAACCAGCUUACUAAUUUAUUUAAUUAAAUUGAUAAAGAUUAGGAUGGUAAAAUCAGUCAUGAAGAAAUGGCUUAGGCUUUAAAAAGUGUUUACAAUACUUAUAAAGAUAAUGAAGGAGUAGAGUAAACUUCUCAAGAACAAUUAUCAGAUGAUGAAAUUUCUGAAAUUAUCAAUCAUAUUGACUUCAAUUAAAAUGGAGAAAUUGAGUACACUGAAUUCCUUGUCGCUGCAAUGAGAAAAUACACCCUCUAAAAUGAAGAAUUUUUGUAUAAAGUUUUUGAUAUUUUUGACAAAGACGGAGAUGGAUUUAUCAGUUUGUAAGAAGUAAAAGACAAACUCCAAAACAACUUAUAAGAAUUCGAAUUCGAUUCUGAGGUUUGGAAUUAAAUUAUUAAAGAAGUCGAUGAAGAUGGAGAUAAAGAAAUUAGUUUUGAUGAAUUUAAAUCUAUUAUCAAUACUUAUUUUAUUAAAAAUGACUACUCAAAUUCCUAAGCAUAUUGA